AGACGUGGUUAUCAAUAUGUGUGUAUUGAUCUCCUUAUCACUGGACAAGUCAAUGCAUAAUAUAUAGCAAAAAGUGGGCACGUUUAAUUGUCCAAUACUCAUAUUCAGUCCCCAAUUAAUUUAGCUUGGUGCCCAAGUCUAGUAAUUCAUAAUUAAAGCAAUAAAAACGAAAAUGUUGCACAAAAAGGUUAUGGUUUUAUUGGGGGUCCUUUGCGCCAUUUCCUGUGGGAGAGGACAAGGUCAGGUUGCAGAGGAGGGUCCUCCUGGUAACAUUUUUGAUUUGUCGCCCAAGCAAAUAGAAGUUCUUAGCGAGGUUGCCACCCAAGGAAUUGUUUCGGCAUUUGUAACGCGUCUUGCUGCAAGAUACGGGUCGGUCGAAUCCAACCCAAUUGGAACGAAGGGGGCUUCACUCUUUCCAGAAUAUAAGGAGUGGAUGUGCAUGAAUGUUACAACGUUCGACCUUAUCAUUGACCUCAUUGGCCUUACCUACAAGCAUGAAAUGCUAACCGAUUAUGAAAUCAGAGGGAUGGACAAAUUAGUGGACAAUCUUGACCUUUACGUUAACUUCUCGGAUCCUGAUCAACCAGGCAGUAUUUCGUGGAGGGUGGAUAAUCCUCUCCUCGAUGUUUUAGGCGACUAUAGGAUGGAGCUCGGAUUGGGAGACGCUUUCAAUACUUCUCAUGAAGCUCAUAACGCAUCUUUUAAGAUGGAAGAUGGAUUUUUCUUCUUCUUGGCCAGUGCAAAGCUCCUCCCACUCAACGAGUCCUUACGUUUUGACAAUGUCACAAUUUCUUUCGGCACCAAAAAUAUGUCUUGGUUUGCACAUUGGAUCAUUAAAACUAACGGAUUAGACACUUACGAUGGUGAACUUGAUCUGGCCCCAGCAAUACAAAAUUUCAUGCAAACCGUCGUGCUCCCUAUUAUCAAAACUGUUACAGGGAUUCUGCCUAGCAUCCUAAACCUUAUUUUUGGACGCUGUUCUAUACUAGAGCUCCUUCAACCUCCUGCAGCCUGCCUCAACACUAACUUGGACGAGAUACUUGGAAGUUUUUCGAAGUCGAACUUAAUCCACGCGGAUUUUAAGAACAAUUUUGUUAGUAAUUGGAAUACUUUUGGGGUAAAUGAAUGUCCAGAACCUGUUGAAAUUACAACUCUGGAUGACGUUACCACUGAGCAAACGACCAUCACAACCGCUGCUGUUGGUGUGCUAGGUCCGGAAACAGGGUUCCUUUUCAUUACCACAAGUCUUAUGUAUUUGGUGACUCGUUUCGUGGUUGUUUAAUUGGUUGCAAUAUUUGUUAACUUGCAUAAUUCGAAACGAUUGCUAAUAAAAUUUGAGUUUAAUGAAACUGGAGUAAAAUUAA